CCUAUUGGGUCAACACGGGAAUCUCCAAGAUGGCGGCAGAAGCAACCUGCGGCGCUAGCCCUGGGAGUACCGGGACUUUGGCGGCUGCAGCCAGCAGGAGUAACGUCACCAGUUUCCAGUGGAGAGGUCCUAGAGCCGGCGGGGCCGACGGUGGCGGCCCUCGACUCGUGUCCAUUGCGGGCACGCGACCGUCGGUGCGGAAUGGACAGCUGCUAGUAUCAACUGGGCUUCCAGCCCUGGACCAGCUCUUAGGUGGAGGUUUAGCUGUUGGAACAGUUCUUCUAAUCGAAGAGGAUAAAUAUAAUAUUUAUUCACCUUUGCUCUUCAAAUAUUUCCUGGCAGAGGGAAUCAUUAAUGGGCAUACUGUGUUGGUUGCAUCUGCUAAAGAAGACCCUGCUGACAUUUUACAGGAACUUCCAGCACCAUUACUUGAUGACAAUUGUAGAAAAGAACUCAAUGAAGAUGUAUAUGAUCAUAAAACACCAGAAUUUAAUAGUAAGAUGAAAAUAGCUUGGCGUUACCAGAUGUUACCCAAGAUGGAGCAGGUAGGACCAGUAUCAUCUUCAAGAUUUGGUCACUAUUAUGAUACAUCAAAAAGAAUACCACAGGAACUAAUUGAAGCUUCAAAAUGGCAUGGAUUUUUUCUUCCAGAAAAAAUAUCUUCAACUCUUAAAGUAGAACCUGGUUCUUUGACCCAUGGUUACAUAAAGCUGCUUCAGUUUAUCCAGAACAUCGUUUAUGAGGAAGGAUUUGAUGGAUCCAAUCCUCAGAAAAAACAGAAAAACAUUUUAAGAAUAGGAAUUCAGAGUCUUGGCUCACCUUUAUGGGGAGAUGACAUUUUCUGUACGGAAAACUGUGACAACAGUCAUAGCCUUACCAAGUUCCUCUAUGUUCUCCGAGGUCUUCUGCGAACCUCUCUUUCAGUCUGUAUCAUCACAAUGCCAACCCAUUUGAUUCAGAAUAAAGCAGUUAUUGCUCGUGUUACAAACUUGUCAGAUACAGUAGUUGGUCUGGAAUCAUUUAUCGGUUCUGAGAGAGAAACCAACCCUUUAUAUAAAGAUUAUCACGGUCUGAUUCAUAUACGGCAGAUUCCUCGACUUAAUAACUUGAUUUGUGAUGAAUCAGAUGUCAAAGACUUAGCUUUUAAAUUAAAAAGGAAGCUAUUCACCAUUGAGCGACUGCAUUUGCCUCCAGACUUGUCAGACACGGUGAGCCGUUCAAGCAAACAGGAUCUGGCAGAAUCCGCCAAGCGGCUGGGCUCAGGCUGUGGUAUGAUGGCCGGAGGCAAGAAGCACCUGGAUUUCUAGGGAUUCCUCCUUAGUAGUUGCAUCAGAAUUAUAUGACACUCUAAUUAUGAUUGCUAAUAGCUUAUGUAAAUAUUUUUCUUAACAGUUUGACCCUCCAAUCCUUAAAAAACACAGGAUUGAAAAAUCAUUUCUUAAUCCUAUUUUUUAUACAGAAAUAGUGCAUUAGAAAUACUUUUAUUUUAAAAUUUUGCAUUAUGGUAUAUUUAAAGAAAAUAAUUUUAUUUUUAAGUAAAAUGCAAGAAAAGGUCAAAAUCUC